AUGGCCUUCAGGAAGGCGAUGCUUGGCAGGCUGCGGUCAAGUCGGCCGCUGCUGCUCGUGGCUGUGGUCGUCUGCAUUAUCCUGUACAUGGCGGGACAUCGUCUGAGCAGCGUCUCUAUUGAGCCUCCCAGUUUCUUCCCGUGGACCACCACCAGUGACCGCAACGUGUCAGCUUACGUGUCUACAGCAAAGCAAACGUUGCUGUUGACGCCCCGCGAGCGAUGCUCAGGAGACGAGUUUCUGGUGGUGGUGGUGCCAAGCAGUCCUGGCAACAGCCAACGGCGCAAAGCCAUCAGAAAUACUUACGGUCAGUGGAUCCGUCAAGUGGAUAGUGCGACGACCACCCGGAAACUUAUGCAACUCAGUGAUGGAUGGAAUACACUUAACAACGAGGAUGAAGAGUCGAUCUAUGUUGUGAGGAAGGAUUACCUCGACCAUCCGAGUCCGCUACUGACGAAUAGCGAAGUCUCGGCUGCUGGGGGCGUGUCUCAAGGCAUGACUCGAGAGCUUUUCUCUCUUGAUGGUGAACAUGAUAUGAAGGACAACUUGCCUAUAUCUGCAAAGUCUGCUUCUGAUGAAACGAAGACAGCCACCACAGCUUCAGUGCAUCGCACGCGCGGCCGUUUGGGGCCUCGUGUACAGCUUUCUACUUUUGCCGAACUCAAUCGUACCCUCAAAGGCAAACUCUUCUUCAUUUUGGGUCGGGAAAAUUCUGAGUCGGGCGUUAGUGCUUCGUUGAUGAACGAGCAAGAAGUGUACGGGGAUAUCAUAGUCGAAGAUUUCGUUGAUACAUACCAAAACUUGACUCUGAAGAGCCUUUUCAUGAUCAAGUACAUAACGAAUCAUUGUCCCGACGUCAAAUACGUUGCUAAAGUGGAUGAUGACGUCUUUCUACACGUGCCAAAUUUACAAAGAACUUUAACUACUAAAGACACUUCAGAAAAGCUCAUCCUGGGAUGUCUUUUCUGCUACGUUCGGCCUAUCCUGAACCCCACAAGCAAAUGGUUCUCACCUCGGUACAUGUAUCAAGGUGAUCAUUAUCCUAAUUACGUAUCAGGCACCUCCUACGUUUUGUCAGGCAACGUGUUGACUCCGCUUCUUGCAGCCGCGAUGCACACGCCGCUCUUCCACCUCGAGGACGUAUUUAUCACGGGCAUUUUAGCCAGAAUGAUCGGGGUCAAGCCUCGGGACA